AUUCCAAAUUUAGGCAGAAAACUAACUGUAGAGCAAGAAACUCCUGUAUGAAUAGUAGUUUUCUUCCCUAUCGUGAAGUGUUUGGAAAUCUCUUGUCUUGAUUGGUAAGCCUGAACACAUUGCUUUGUCAUUUAUUCAUAGGAGAAAUCCACCAAAUUUGGGAGAGCAAAAGAAAAUUGUUCAUCUCAGUUUAUUUGACUUACCGGAAAUUUAUUUGCAGAACUAUGAAACUCCCUUAGCAGAACAUCAUUUUUGGUCUCUCUUUUUUUAGUAUGUGCAAUGGCUGGAGAUAUAAUCUAUGCGGAUAUUAAAACUGAUGGGGCUUUUUCUCUAGGAAAUUCAUCUUUGCUUCAGAAAUCUGAUACUCACCAUCAUGGAAUUUUCUUGAAAGUUGGAUGUGCAAUUAUCAUCAUCCUUCUUGUAAUAGUAAUUGUGUUGAGCAUUUUGGUUUCCCAGUUCAAAUCUGCAAGACAUAAUACAAUGGAUGAUGAAUCAAAAGAGAAAUUCUGUGCUGGGGAAAGUAAAUCUGGAACAAUCGCCUCAAUAGUUUCUUUCAACUCUUCUACUGCUCAUAAAUCAUGCCCUUCGAAAGACUGGAGGCUACACGGGGGGAAAUGUUACUGGGUUGCUGAAGCUAAUAAAUCUUGGCAUGAAAGUAAAAAUGACUGUGCCACGAAAAAUUCACAUCUCAUGGUGAUUCGAGACUUCAUUGAUAUGAGUUUCCUAUGGAAGCACCUAAAUACCGGAGUGUUUUACUGGAUUGGCUUGACUAUUCCACCUGGAGGGGAAUCAUGGACCUGGGUAGACAACAACCCUUUUGACUCCCAUCUGUUUUCAGUAGAAGAAAAAUGGCGGACCCGGAGCAUGAAAUGUGCCCAGGUGUCUCAAAUUAAGAUAGCUGAACAAAAAUGUGGGAAAGUUAAUCCGUGGAUUUGUCAACUGUAACCCACACUGCAUGAAAUCAGUCUCCAUUUCUCUGACGGAAAGACACCACAUGAAGUUUGAACUCAGAAUAUAUCAAAGUCCAGAGGGCCACGUGUGUCCCAGAGGGGAGUUGUGUGUGUGUGUGUGUGUGUGUGUGUAUGUGUGUGUUCAUUCGGGUGGGUAUAGUACUACUUCUCAGAGAUUUAGGAAGGCUAAUAGAGAAAAUGAAAUGUUGUAGAAACUGAGAAGAUAGAAUGAACGUAUUUUUUCGUCUGAAUUAUCAGUUAUUCAAUCCCCAUUCUCAUUUUGCAUGUGGUUUCGAAACUUCCGUCUUUAUUUUCUCCACAGCUUCCCUCUAUAAUAUCCUUACCUAAUUACAUUUUUACGAAGAAAUUCAUAUCAAAAUAAAAUUUACAUCUCUAGCCCAGACUUUUCCCGGAUCACCAGACCCAUAUACGGUACUGCUUAUAUAACAUAUCAAGUUGGGGCACCUGGCUGUCAGUUGGUUGACCAUCUGACUCUUGAUUUAAGUUCAGGUCAUUACCUCAUGCUCAUGAGAUUGAGCCCCAAAUCAGGCUCUGCACUAGGUGUGGGGUCUGCUUAAGAUUCUCUCUCUCCUUCUCCUGCCCCUCCCCCGCUUACGAGCAAGUGUGCAUACACUCUCUCUACUAUAUCAAAGAAAGUUAGUUAAUAAAUGACAUUUAACAUAUGAAAUCUGAAAUCUCAAAGGCAUCUCAAACUCAGUAUAUAAAAAUAGUUCAAUCAUGGGGCGCCUGGGUGGCUCAGUCGGUUAAGCGUCCGACUUCGGCUCAAGUCACGAUCUCGCGGUCCGUGAGUUCAAGCCCCGCGUCGGGCUCUGUGCUGAUGGCUCAGAGCCUGGAGCCUGUUUUGGAUUCUGUGUCUCCCUCUCUCUCUGACCCUCCCCCGUUCAUGCUCUGUCUCUCUCUGUCUCAAAAAUAAAUAAACGUUAAAAAAAAUUAUUUAAAAAAAAAUAGUUCAAUCACUUUCCUCAUGAAAGGAACCAUCCUCCAGCACUCAGUGUCUCAGUCAAUGGCACACCACACAAGACAAGAAAUGUCACAACUUAGAGUCCAGCCGUGUCGUCAUCACCCUCUAUCUGGCCCACCUUUCUGUAUUGCUAUCCACUCUCCCUCCCACAAAACCAAGUAUUGUUAGUGUUUUUACUAAAUGUCUCUCAAAUCUCACCUCUUCCCUUCAUUGCUUUCACAACCUUAAUACAAAAGUACCAAAAUAUUAAGUGACUGACCUAACAAGGCCUUCCUUGUUCUACUCCUAAUCCGUUUCAGUUAUUCUCUACCACGUAACCUAAGUGAUAUUUUAAAAAUACACAUACUGACAAUACAACCCUUCUUUUGAAAAACACUUCAACAUCGUUCUUAGAAUAACACCAGGGAUGCCUGGGUGGCUCAGUCGGUUAAGCGCCGGACUCUUGAUUUCAGCUCAGGUCAUGAUCUUACACGUUGUGAGAUAGAGCCCCGUGUUGGGCUCUGUACUGACAUUAGGGAGCCUGCUUGGGAUUCUGUCUCUCCUUCUCUCUGCCCUCCCCCUGCUCAGACACUCUCUGUCUCCCUCUCAGAAUAAAUAAACUUAAAAAUGUAUGUCAAAAAAGUAAUAAAUUUAGAAUAACACCAAACUCCAUAACACAGCCUAGAAAUCCCAGUCAGCUCUAAUCCUCGCUUACUUAGUCAGUGUCUUUCUACACAAAAUUUAUCCAAACUCCCAGUACCAUGACCAUAGUAGACUAAUUUCAGGAACUCAUCCAUAAUUUCACCACACUGUCUGACAGACAUUUUCCCUGUAUCUGGAAUUCUCUUUUCUCUAUUCUCUAUCAAGUGAACUCUCAACCACUCUCCAUAAAAAGCUGAAUUCUUAAGGAUCUUCUCUGAGCUCCAUGACGAGGUCAAAUAUCCCAACAUUAUAUACCCCUUCCCAGAACUUAUCACAUUUUUGGUCUUAUCUAUAUCAGUAUUUGAGUGAAUAUUUAAUUAAUGUUCUCCACCCUCACUUGACUAUAAACUACGUAAUAACUGGUUUUAUAUUUCCAGUGUCUUUUAAAAUAUCUAGCACAUAAAUGCUCAAAAAACUACUUACGGUGUUGUUUUCCCUAAAUGAUCACAAAAGUAAAAUGCUGAUAUGAGACUGGAAAGAUAGGCUGCAAAAGACCAGAGGCUCAGACAAUGGAGGCCUCACCGGUAAGUCAUCGAGUGCCAAGGGAAAACUGGAGAAUUUUUCUGCGUGGGCGAUGAUAUUGACAGAGAAUCCUAUGAAUGCCAAAUGAGUGUACAUGGAGGCUUAAAUGCUUCAGAAACAAACUUUCUCGUGACGUUUAUGUUCACCUCUUUAUGGCAGUUACAUCCUUAGAAGCUUUCUUGUAAGUCAUAUCAUAACGUAAGAAUCUUACGUCUGUAUGUUGAGUUGGACACUGUAUAUGAACGUAUGGGUAAAGCAUUUGUGUUAUGGCACGUUGGCGCUACAUUCCAACAAAAAUGUUUUAUUUUAUGAGCACAGUGGUGUUCAUAGGACUAUAAGAAUGUUUAUUAAACUUGUUUUUGGACUAAACCACUUGAAAACACAGAAUAUUGUAAGGGAUGCUAAGCACCAUGGACUUGUGCAUGGGGAAUAGACACAAAAGUAGCUAAGAGUUUGUGCUGGAAGUAGUCUGGAAAGGUCUUGGGAUUCAGACACUGCUGACGACUGUGCAGGGACUCUGGUUUGCAAUCAGUUCACUAAAAGGCACGGGGUGGGUGUGCUUUCUGCUCAUGCGACUCUAUGCUGAAGUCUAGCAAGUGAGUCUCUGGUGGUCCUAGAAUAAUUCAUUUAGUAAUCUUGGCGCAGAUCCUUUGGAAAUGAACCUUUCUUAUUUUCUUUCUCCUUUCAAAUUUGGAAGCCUAUCCCAUUUGGACAUAUACUCAGGAGUUCUUGGAUUAUAGUCUUCAGGAAAUAGAAGCUACCAGCAUCCACAUGCCUAGCCAAAGGGAGAAGUCUGUGAUGGAUGAAGAGAACAAAACUCGGGCUUGAGGGACCAGCUGGACUCACUGUGCGGCAGACAGAAUCCAUAAUCGCACUCAUCAUUUGACAUACUUAUACUGUUACUCUGAUCAGUAUAAAACACUGAUGGCUUGGGUCUCCUGAAAUCAGUGUCCAUUCUGAGCCACUGCCCAGCAACUCCUCAAAAGUUUGAUUAUUUCUCUUUCCUCAAUGUAUAGUCACCCAGGUAAAUGGUCAUAGAUUUCUUUGGGGAAGAGUGGAGGAAAAAGAUGAACUAUAUAAUUUCUUUUUGUUUGUUUAGUAGAGUUCUUUCUCAAAGGUUUUCUCCCCACUCUAAAUUACAGAGAUUCUGGGUCUGUAAAAUGGCUCAGGUUUGGGAAUUGAUGGAGGGAGCAUGAUCUCCUAUUUUUAGAAUUAGGUUAGCCUCCUAAGAAAGGGCUACAUUUACUGGCAAAGAAGACUCAAUAGAAUUUCGGGUUCCAUGUCCCUAGCUUGAGUGGAAUCUUCCCGUAUGUCCCCAUUCCAGUUUUUAAGAUCUCAGUCCUUCCCGACCGGUGCCCUCACUUUAACAGAAGACAUCUUGCAAUGCUGAAAAUCCAGAAUAUCCAUCUCUUCAGUCUCUCACAAUGCUGUUAGCAGUGGUUUCAUCUUUAGGCCAAUUUCCUUGGAAAAUUUCCAGCUAUGUGUAGGAACUUUCCUAGCUUGUCCCCCGUCGUUGUAUCAGAUAACAAAAACAAGCAGUGCAGACUCUCUCCAGCAGAGGGAGCCAUUAAACAAACGUGUUCUUAGGGAGACGCUAAAAAACUUCCCGUUUUCUCUAUGGUCUUCUGAGACAUUGAGAGCAACUAUUAACAUCAAUAACGGACUUACCUUACUACAGCUUAGUGAUAAGAAAGGAAAAAGAAAAAAAAAAAUAACUAGUAGACACCAUACAAAAGCUUAGGGAAUGAGAGAAAAUAAUUCAACUUUUAUCUGUUUAAAAAAAAACCAAAAA